AUGCAGACUAUGUCCCGGCCCGUUGCGAUGGUGUCCCUAGAUGGAGGUGGUGUCCGUGGCAUUUCAUCCUUGUUGAUCUUAGAACGCCUUCUUGAACUUGUGACACAGCACCUGGUGGACAGAGGAAUUCUAGCAGAUGACCAUCCAAUACUCGACCCGCAGGACAUCUUUGACUUCGCCGUCGGAACAAGCACUGGGGGACUGAUUGCCUUGAUGCUAGUCAAGCUUGACAUGGCAGUUAAGGAGUGCCUGGAGCAAUAUCAAAGUCUAUCGAAACAGAUCUUCCAAAAGGAACGACCUCUUUGGCGAAGACUCUUUGGCUCAGACAUCUCCAAGUACUCAGCGUCCCGGCUUCAGACUGCAGUAGAAGGAUUGUUGUCACGUAAAAGCCUCCCACCUGAAUUGGCUAUACGUCAAAGCUCACAGAACAACACAAUGCAAGGCUCUGUUCUUUCGCACGAAAUACCCUCUCUCGAAACACGGUUUUUCUGCACAAAUGAAUGCUGUGGUCCUUAUCAGUUGAACAUGAUGAAUUCCGAUCUGCAGUUACGGUACGCAGCCCGUGCCACGUCAGCAGCCCCUUCAUAUUUCAAGCCAAUGACGAUCCAAGGACGUCAAUUUGUCGAUGGCGGUUAUGGAGAGACGAACAAUCCUUCUUGGGCUGCAUGGUUACACUAUAAGCAGAAUCACAACUUGACCAGUGACCGAACACUUGUGAUGAUCAAUAUCGGAACGGGUACUUGCAGCAAAUUCGACUUGAAUUCGCAGAAGCAACGUCGACCCUUCUGGACGAAGUUUAUACCUAAUGGCAUCGUGUCUGCUCUGGGCUUGAUGGCAGAUCUGAGCAAGAUGGCCACAGAGUCAGAAGGUCCGACCUCCAGACUGUGGUAUAUCGCAGACAACAAUCCGGAACAACUUUUCCUUGAACGGUUCAGUGCGGACACAGGAAUUGACACGAUCAAACUUGAUGAUUGGCAAGCUGCCACGAGCUCAGACAGGCCAAGUGUCAUUGCAACCAAAACGGACGCUUAUCUUCAAAAGCCUGAGGUAUUGGACAGACUUGAAAGAGCCGCUCGUGCCCUUGCCGAUGUCUACAUCUAUCACCAGGCUGUAUUACGAGGUGAAGAGUGUGAGAUGGCAUUCGUUGCCAAUCGUCAACCACAGUCUUUCUACGAGGUAGCAACCACAACUAUGCCGACAGAGAGCAGCGUAGCAGGACAUAACCCAUUAUCCUGUCGAAUCUCAUCCAACCGAACUCCGAGCCUCGUACUUCCAACUGAACCAACACAAUCGCCACCUUCCUCUCCUCCUCGCACACCUAAGCCAGCUCGAGCAAUCAAAAACCUCAGCAUAUCAAUUGAACACACCAGCAGUCUGCUUCAGGGCCAAGGCGAGCAGUUUAGCGAUGUGCAGAAAUCCAGUCAUCCCUCAUCACCUCCAUCCGGCCCUAUGCGACUGAAUUCAAGGCAGCCAAGACGUUCUCUGACAUAUCCACUUCUACUUCCGUCAGAUCGGCCCUGGAAUGAUGAUGGUGAUGAUGACUGA